UAUUAGACCUAAAUCAGGUCAUGAAGCGAUGAGUAGACAAGCAGGGGGUCGACAAAGUCUUUGCUUCACUCGAAAAGAUUAUAAAAAUUAUCUUCGGUCGAAGCGUAUGCACUCAAUCCAAGAAGGAGAUACAGGAGCCAUUCUUCAAUAUCUACAGGACAAGCAGACGGAAAAUCCUUCUUUCUUUUACGCAAUACAAGUAGAUGAAGAUGAGAUGAUGACUAACAUAUUCUGGGCAGACGCAAGAUCAGUAUUAGACUACCACUACUUUGGUGAUGUCAUAUGUUUUGACAUGACCUACAAAACAAAUAGUUACGGCAGACCUUUUGCGGUUUUUGUUGGUGUCAACCAUCAUAAGCAAACAGUGGUUUUUGGAGCAGCAUUAUUGUAUGAUGAAACAAAAGAAACAUUUGAAUGGUUGUUUGAAACAUUCAAAAAAGCCAUGUCCGGAAAAGAACCAAAGACAAUAUUGACCGAUCAAUGCGCAGCCAUUAUCGGUGCCAUUGACAUUGUUUUUGCUAACUCAAUACAUCGUCUAUGUGUGUGGCACAUGUAUCAAAAUGCUGCAAAACAUUUGAGCCAUGUUUUUCAAGGUUCCAAGACAUUCAAGAAAGAUUUUGGCAAGUGUGUUUUUUAUUUUGAAGAAGUUGAAGAAUUUAUAGCAGCUUGGAAUGAUAUGUUAAAGACAUAUAAUUUGGAAGACAAUGAGUGGCUACAUAGAUUAUUCCAGAGCAAAGAGAAGUGGGCGCUGGUGUAUGGUCGGCAAACCUUCUGCGCAGAUAUGAUAUCUACACAAAGAAGUGAGAGUCUCAAUGCAAUGUUGAAGCGAUACUUGCAUGUUCGCCUUGAUCUAUUAGACUUCUUCAAGCACUACGAGAGGGCAGUGGAUGACAGGAGGUAUGCUGAAGUGGAAAGUGAUUUCUAUGCAAGUCAAACAUCUCCUAAAGUUCCACGUGUGCGGAUGCUGAUACAAACUUCGAAGGAAUAUACGCCGGCUAUGUUUGAAAUAUUCAGAGGAGAAUACGACAUGGUGAUGGGAUGUUGUUUGUACAAUAGUGGUCAUAGUGACUCUACUUUAGAAUUCAAAGUUAGUAAUACAGAUCACCCCCGAAGCCAUCAAUUUACAGUGAAAUUUGAUCCUAAUGGAUCAAAGGUUUCAUGUUCAUGCAAAAAGUUUGAAUUUGUGGGGGUAUUGUGUCGUCAUGCAUUGAAGGUGUUGGAUCAUAACAAUAUCAAGGAGUUGGCACAGGAAUAUAUCCUGAAAAGGUGGACAAGACAUGCAAAAACAGGACCAUCACAGGCAAUUCAAAAAUGUGUUAAUGAUGAAGAUACUAGAGUUGUGUUGGCUAAACGGUACGGAUCAUUGUGUCGUUCUUAUAAUAACAUCUUGAGUAAAGCAGCAGAAAACGAAGAGGCAUAUGCACUGCUACAAAGUGCGUCAAUAGAUCUAAUGGAAAAGGUGGACCAGAUCAUGCAUAGAAAUCGGUCAAGCGAUAUGUCACCUAAUUGUGAACAAGCAGAGAAGCAACCAGUUGAAUGCAACAAAGAAAAUGAAGUCCAAGUACAGGGAAUAAAGAGAAAAGAAGCAGGAAGUAGCAGCAAGCGGAACAAAUCGGGACUUGAACAGAAGAAGAAUAAAUCAAAGAAAGGGCAAGCAACAAUGUACAAGAGUGGUAAUUGUGCUUCUGCACCAUCCGAAGGAAAUCCUAGUUUCAAUGUUCAAUUGAACAACAACAAUUUAGCAGGAUUCAACUGGUCUAUGCCUCAACUACCGCAGGGCGGGAACUACAAUGUUCAAGCACUACCGGGCGCUAUGCCUCAACUACCGCAUGGCGGGAACUAUAAUUUUCAAGCACUACCGGGCGCUAUGCCUCAACUACCGCAGGGCGGGAACUAUAAUUUUCAAGCACUGCCACAUGCUAUGCCUCAGGUUGAGAACUACAAUAUGCAAGUAUUGCAGCGGGCGAUGCCUCCACUACAUCAGGCGAAUGCAACUUUUCAGCAGUUGCUUGGUUUGCAGCCACAUCAGCCAUAUUCCUAUUAUAACACUCAACCAAGUCAGAGUUCUGGUUCAGUAGGUUUACCAGAUAUGGGAUGGACAACAUAUCAAAAUGGUCAGCUGCCAAGCAAGUUCUUGGGUAGCCAAUCAAGUCAUCAACAAGAUAAUCCUUUUUAAGUGGCUCGAUGUUACAGUUCUUGGGAUGUAGUACUUGAUCUUACCAUUCAUAUUACAGCUCGAUAUGUAAGAAUACUGGUUAUGCAC